CCCAUAUCUAGUGUUUAUUACCUAUAAGAAAGUGGAUAAUAAAAAAUUAUUAAAAUUAAAGUUUGGUGAUUUUUUUUAACCACUAUUGUGGUUAUGACUUAUGAGCUUUAACUGUGUUAUUACUUCAUAUUUGCGGUGGAAGUGGACUGGUUGUCAUUCUGCGAGAAUAAUCGAGCAAAUUUAUAGUAACCCUAAAUUCCAAAUACGCCUAAUUUUAAUGUUUUGGGAGGUAAGAGGUUUAUGUUUUCACUUCUUGUCACUGAAAUCGAGAAUUUUGGCUUAAAAAGCAAGAAUGGAAAUGGAAGAAGAGAGGAUUGGGAUGGUGUUAGUUAGAGCUUCGGAAUUGCGCUCCAAAAUUGCUAAUUGCAUUCACAAUACUACUGACUCUUAUCUAAAUAAUGGCGAUUCUGAUCCUUCUUCUGCUCCAACUUGUGAUGAAACUGAUGAACAUACUGAAGCACUUUUGAAUAUUUGCUACGCUUUUGAUUCUCUUGAGUCUCAGCUUGCUUCUUUACAGGCUUUACGACAGCAGCAGCAAUACGAAAAAGAAGCUGUGAUAGGAGAGAUUGAGUAUAGCCGUAAGACUUUGCUUAAGAAGCUCAGUGAGUAUAAAGGGAAUCAUUUGGAUGUCAUACAAGAGGCAGAAACUUUUGCAAGUAUGAAAGUGGAGCAUGACCAUGAAUUGUUGCUUCCACCAUAUCCAACCCAUUCUCCCCACUCUCUGGUGCUUGACAAAAGCUAUAAUUCACGUAAGCUCUCACAAAAUGGUCUUAAUGGGGGAAUCGAGUCAAAGAGCAAUCAAACGCAUAGUAAACCAAACAAGUUAUGGGGAGGAUUGAGAUUUCUUGUUCAUUCCACUGCCAAGACAAUGCUUACUGUUGUCGGUGUCAUCUCUCUACUAAGUUUGGCCGGUUUUGAACCUGGGCUUCGGAAGAAGGGUUCUAAUAUUAACAUCCUAACCCUGUUCCAAGAACGUAAUACUGAUGAUAGGGUAAUUGUUCCACGCUACCCACCAGGGAAUGUGACGGUGAUGGAGGGUGGUGAAAUCCGUCGCAUUGUAAAGGAGAGAGUUGAAAUUCCUUUCGAUUCAGCUACUGGUAAUCCUGAUAUAAGCUAUGGAUGUGGAUGAAAUGGCUAUAUAAUGCCAGCCUUUUUGUAUAUCCUGCCUUCAUGACAAGUAAAGUACAUUUCUCUUUCUUUCUAUGUUCAAAUGAUACUGUUAUGAUUUUGUUUGUUUCCCAUUGGAUGCCUUUAAUGUUGUGGAAGAAAAUGGAAUCAAGUCAGAUUCCCCGUUAGUACUACAAGCUUCAAGACCCCUUUCCACUUUUGGAUUUUCCGAGCAAUAAAAGGGCACAAUAGAAUUAAAAUGCUCUCGGAAAGCUUUACUAAAACCUUUUCCAGGGUCUGACACAAGCUUUGUGAUGAAUUUCCUUUAAUGUGUGGGAUGCUCAUAGAUAAACUCCCAUUACUUUGGUCUAUGAAUGCACAUUAAGGCCGAAGUUAAUGCAUACAAUCAUCCACUAUUUUGUGUUUGGAUUUAGGUAGUUCAUAGUUGGAUCGAUAUGUUUUUUUUUUUUUUGGGAAACCCUUGUGGUGAAAGACGGAUUUGAAAAGAUUUUACUCCCUCAAUUUUGUUAAUAACAAAAUCUCUGCAAUAAAGCCCUGCAAGGAAAAUGGUUUUUCUUACACUUCUCCUUCUCCUUGCCCUUCGGUCCUUCGCAAAACAAAUAAAGGGAAGUUAGCCUCAUUAUUCCAUCCCUUUUCUUCUCUUCCCUCCGUUCCCUUCAUUUCCUUUAGUUUUGGAUGCGUUUACUCGUAGGGAGGAAAUGAACAUGUAUCACUAUCUAAGAGGCCCAUGUUUUGCUAUGAAUCCUCCUCCCUUAAAUACAUAACUAAAGUCUAAACAAGCCAUAAAAGCGCAAAAUGCCUCAUGGGUUUUCGCUUUGAACCGUUCCUGAAGGAGAUAUCUGGGAAAUUUGGCGGUCCGUUUUGCUAAGGACAUAAAUAGAAGAAGAAAAGAGGAUGAGAAGGAAAAAAAUGAAGAAUGCAUACCUGGUUUUUGAAACACCAUUAUCUUUUUCAAAGUUCAAGCUUUAACUGAAAGUAAAAACUAAAGAGGGAGAAAGCUAAGGAAUAUGAGAAAGAGAGAAGGAAUAAGAAAAGCUGGCUUUUGAGAAAUGUACUAUUAUAAAUAAUUUUCCUACUUUUAGGGCUGUUUAUCCAAAAAUUCAGGAUAUUCGGUUAUUCUGAUAGAAAAAAACAUGAUAUGUUACCGAUCUAGAUAAAUCAGAUAUCCGAAAUCUGCAGAUCGGACACCGAACAUCGGUUUUAAUUUUUUUUUUUUUUUUUUUGUUCUUUUAUUCACACAAAUAUCUUUCAAAUUUUUCUUUUAGUUUGAUUCAUAAACUUCACAUAAAUUUUUAUACAACGUACAUCAUGGCUUUGAGCGUAGAAAGAAUUCGGUUAAAAUAGGUACUAAUCACCUAUGAUCACUAAUAGAUCUUAAUUAAAUUUGGUUUACUCAAAUCUAUUUUGAGUAAUUGAACAACAUCCCUGUGUUUGAGUUUUUAACAUAGACUUUGCUGUAAAGAUCAGCAAAACAACAGGUAAUCAUAUAUAGAAACAGAAGAUCUUCAAGUUAUUCUUAAAUUGUCAAAUGUAUUACAAAUUGGCACAUAAAGCAUUAAUUGACAACAUAUUCUUUUUCGCAUCGUUGUUUUGAAGUUUUGUGCUCAUGCAUGACGUUUCUAAAGUGUGCUAGUCGUCAACGGGCAAGCGUGUUGAAUUUGGCAACAUUUUCCCUCGAACGAAAGAAUUAAAGAGGUGCAAAGCCCUUUCUGGCUGUGAAUAGGGCACUGUAUGACCAGCACCCCGUACUGUGGCAAAGGUCAGUAGAUUUCCAUACUGAAUAGCCGAUCCUCCUACCUGUUUCCAAGUGUUCCACAUAUUAACCUCAACACAUUCUUUAAUCAAACAUUUUUCAUCUUAGGAAGAGGAACCCAAAAGGAGUAAUACAUGAAUUAAUAGCAAGUUAUACUGCAUGAAUUUGCUGGCUAACAUUUUCCUCCUUCCCUUUUUUUCGCACGGGCCAUGGCCAUCAACAAGGGUUUGUUUGACGUAUAGUUGGUCGGAACUGUUGGUUGGUUUAACCAGUUGGAUGUAUUGGCUGAUAAGUUACAUAUAUUUGAGUAUGGUUGUUAGUUGGAACUGUUGACUAGUUGAACCAAUUGGAUGUAUUGGUUGAUAAGUCACAUAUAUUUAAGUUUGGUUGAUAAGUCACAUAUAUUUAAGUAUGGUUGUUAGCUGGAACUGUUGGCUAGUUUAACCAAUUGGAUGUAUUGGCCGAUAAGUCACAUAUAUUAAGUUGGUAGGGGAUGUUGGAAAAAAAAUAGUUCCUUGUUUUCUAGUUAGGAGAAAGUGUCAAGUCAUAAAUUAAUAAAAAAGUUACCCAUGAUGGGUUUUUGGUCCUA